UCACAUUUCUCCUUCAUAUUAAAAUAAACAAAAAACAAUCCAUCAAUCGAAAUACUCUCGAAACCGCUCUGGCUUAUGUCGAUAAAAUGCCCGCGAGUAUCAACUUGUCCGUGUGUAUUUUCUACAUUAUUCAAAGGUUUUUGACAAAAAUUAGGCGAAAUAGAGCGAGAAGAGAGAGACGGCUGAGAGGUGUUGCUGCUGUGAGACUAGCAAGACGUCGACAAAUUCAUGGCCAAGUAACUCGGUACUGUGUACUGAAUGACCAAGUUCCUGUCUUGGCCCUGUAUUUUGAUGGUCAAAGUGACCUACGACCUGACUUCCGCCUCUCCAGACCCACAGUUGCUCAGCUCAUCGCCCUUCUCCACUUUCCAUGUGACCAUGGCAGGGGUCCAGGCCUAGAGGUUCUGGUGUUUAUGUUUUGGCUGGCAAGCGCAACGUCUUACCGUGUCGUGUCACAAGCAUUUAGCAUCCCACGCUCCACGGUGCAUGACAUCAUUCACAGGGUUGCUAACAAAAUCAUCAGUCUCAAGAACAGGGUCAUUUACUUUCCACCACAGGAGGAGCUUGAGAGAAUCAGCACUGGCUUUGAGCGCCUUGCUGGAUCAGCAGCAUUCACCAGGGUUGUGGGCAGCAUUGAUGGCGGCCAUAUUAGAAUAAAGCCCCUGAGUGCGGAUGUGCAGUGUUAUUUCAACAGGAAACUGUUCCAAUCCAUCCAGAUGCAAGCCAUGUGUGACCAUCAGUGCCAGUUCCUGGAUGUUUUCAUUGGGUACCGAGGGUCAGUCCAUGAUGCCAGAGUGCUUAAAAACACCCCUGUGUAUGUGCGCAGUCUGUAUCCACCUGAGGGAUAUUGCAUUCUGGGGGAUGGUGGAUACCCCUGUAUGUCACAACCCAUCGCCCUCAUCACACCUUACAGGGAGCCAGUGAGAGGUGCAGUUGCCGCACGUUUUAACAGACACCACGCAAAGGCCCGUUCUGUCAUCGAGAGAGCAUUUGGCAUCAUGAAGACCAGGUGGUGAUCGGUGUUCUUCAAGGCUCUGGAGGUGCAGCCUGCUUUAACUGUGAAGGUGGUGGCUUGUUGUGCCAUCUUGCACAACUUCUGCCUCAGAAAUGGGGACACAGUUGAACCUGUGGAAGAGGCACCGGGACCGGAUGACGGAGGUGGUCUGGGGAACAGCUGCGUGGGCACAUCGCUGAUGCUCUUUCAGCACCAAACACCACUGCUCCAGCUCUUCAGGAUUGAUGGUUAUUUGCUGUAUAAAAAAAAUAUUGCAAAGUUUCUGAAGCCAGCAGUUGCAAAUCAUAUAGCAGUUUUCUGUUCAAGUGUCAUUUUAUGUAAAUAGUUUUAAUUGUUAUAGCUCAA